AUGGACAACCCAGCGUUCGUCGACAGUGAAACACCAAACGGUGCUCCGCUCUUCAGCCCUGCGCAGAUGACCAGCUUGACCAAUGAAAACUGUAACGGCCAUAGCAUCCCGUCACGGACUGAGAGCUCGGCUCCGCUGUGCACCAGCGGCUCCGCCACCGCCAAUGGCUCAACAACCACCGCUGACGAGCCGCCGGGGCCGGUCUGUCUGCGACGCACCCUCGGACUCGUCUCCGUUUCAGCCAUUAUGACCAGCACCAUGAUCGGUUCGGGCAUCUUCAUGUCGGCGGGCACGGUGCUGGCUCUGUCGGGUGGCGCGCUGCUCCCGGCCCUGCUGAUCUGGGCCAGCUGCGGCCUGCUCUGUCUGCUCGCCGGAGUCGCCUACGUGGAGCUCAGCUGCGUGGUGCCCAGCGCCGGCGGAGAGUUCGCCGCCAUGCUGCACGCCUUCGGGCCGCUGCAUGAGUUCCUCGGGCCUCUGCCGGCCUUCUUGUACGCGUGGAUGACGUGUCUGGUGUCACGGCCGGCCAACACGGCCAUCCAGAGCCUGGCCGUGGCCGAAUACUGCGUGCAGCCCUGGUUCGGCGCAGAGUGCCGCCCGCCCGUCCUGGCCAUCGCGCUGGUGGCCCUCUGUGCCAACACGCUGUCCGCCUUCAUCAACAGCUACAGCGUCCGGCUGACGGCGACCAUCAACAACCUAUUCGCCGCCGCCAAACUGGUGGUGAUGAUCGGUAUCGUGGCGGGCGGGGUGUACUUCAUCGUCCGGGGCGGCACGCGACACCUGACCGCCGGCAUGCCCAGCGAGAGAGUAUCCAUCGUAGACCUGACUGCCGCCUUCUACACCUGCCUGUGGGCGUACGAGGGCUGGAAUAACCUCAACUUCCUCACAGAGGAGAUGUCGAAUCCGGUGCGCGACAUGCCGCGAGCGCUGUUCAUCGGCGUUCCGCUGGUGACCUUCAGUUACCUGCUGGUGAACACAGCUUACUUGACCGUACUCUCGCCAGAUGAGGUAAUCGCCACGCCCGCGGCGGCCGUGGCGUUCGCUGAGCACGCGCUGGGCAGCGCUGCCGGCCUGCUGAUCCCGCUCUGCGUUGCGCUCUCCGUGUACGGCACCCUGAACGGCACCAUCAUGGCCUCCAGUCGUCUGUCGUUCACGGCCGCUCGCGCUGGUCACCUCGCGCGACCACUGGCGCUCCUUCAGACCACCAGUCGUACGCCAGCUCCAGCCAUCAUAUUCAACACGCUCGUCUCAUCAGCCAUGCUGGCGUACGGCGACUUCGAGAAGCUGAUCACGUUCGCCAGCCUCACGGUGUGGAUUUUCUACGGGCUGGCGAUGGUGGCACUGCUGGUGAUGCGGCGCACGCGGCCGGACGCGCCGCGCCCGUUCCGCGCGCCGACGGCCGUGCCGUGGCUGGUGCUGGUGAUGGCCGUGCUGCUGAUGGCCGUGCCGCUGGUGAACGGGCCGCGGCUGGACCACCUGGCCGUGCUGGCCUUCCUGGUGACGGGCGUACUGGUGUACUGGCGGUGUGUGUACCGGCACCGGCCCUCCGCCGGGUCGCAGAGGGUGACCCUCCUGCUGCAGAAGCUGCUGCUGCUGGCCGGACAGCACUGA